GAAUAAUGAAUUGUGGUUAUAUGAAAGAAACGAGUAACAAUAAUGUAUGCAAUUAAAAAUAUCACGAUGUUUGGAAUCCUAGUUGCCUUCAAAAGAAAAGAAAACCAAAAACAAAAAAAAGUAUCUCCUUAGAAAAACACACUACUGAGGAACAAAAUCAACCAUGCAUUAUUAUUCAACAAUAACAACAAACAACAUAGACACCGGCGCCGGAGACAUGGUUGUCUUGUACAAUGAAUGCCUUAAAAACCACGCGGUCAGUCUCGGCGGUCACGCUCUUGACGGCUGCGGUGAGUUCAUACCUAAAUCAACCACCAUCCUCACAGACACUCCGUCCCUUACGUGCGGUGCAUGUGGCUGCCACCGCAACUUCCACCGUCGUAGUCCUUCUGACGUCUUCAGUCACUGCUGGUCACCACCGCUGCAGCCACUCGCCUCCACUCCGCACUUGCUUCUCUCUCUCAGCUCCGGUUUCUCUGGACCCUCGAAUCAAGAAGACAAGAACAAAUUCACGGUGGCAAAGGAAGAUAGGUCGGCGAUGAUGAAGAAGCGUAAGAGGACGAAAUUAACGGCGGAACAAAAGGAGAAGAUGAGAGGUUUCGCAGAGAGAGCGGGGUGGAAGAUCAACGGCUCGGAUGAGAAGUGGGUGAAAGAGUUUUGUAGCGAAGUUGGAAUAGAGAAACAAGUUCUUAAGGUUUGGAUCCACAACAAUAAGUACUUUUCCAACGGGAAGAACAGAGACACUACGUCCUCUAGUUCUUUGAAGUUGUAGAAAUAUAUCUCUUUUACGGUGAUGGGUCUUCGUCUUCGUGAGUAAAAAUUUCAAAAUG